AUGUGGAGAAAAUAUCCACUUUAUGUUACGAAAUUCAAUUACUCUGUUAACCAAAGGUGGGUCCGGAAGAUACAGUCGCCAGCUGAAGGCUACCUCAAAAAUCCUGGCUCAGAACUUUUGUGUUAUGACACUCUGGGUGAUGUGAUAGCACAGACCGUUGACAAGUAUCCUGAUAGAGUCGCCGUUAAGUCUGUGCAUGAAGAUGUAACUAUCACAUAUGAACAGCUGUUGAAACAGGCCGACUCUCUAGGAUGUGCUCUCCGAAGCCAAGGCCUCGAGAAAGGAGACAGGCUAGGUAUUUGGACACACAACAGCGUAUCAUGGAUCGUAGCAGUCAUUGCAGCUGCCAGAGCUGGACUUAUUUCGGUCCUAAUAAACCCCGUUUAUGAAAAAAACGAACUGGGUUUCUGUAUUAAGAAAACAGGUAUGAAGAGUUUAUUAGUCGGAAAUCCAUUACCGAACAGAGAUUAUAACAAGACACUCUUACAGCUGUUACCAAACAUUCAAACCAGCAAACCUGGAUCAUGGACAUCCAAAGAAUUUCCUAAUUUAACAUCUAUUAUCAACACGGGAAAAAAUGACUUGAAAGGAACCCUUUCAUACAACUCACUAAUCGCAGGAGGAGGAAGUCAGAUCUCUCAGUACAGCAGUGAGGUCAAGUCGGCAGAUGGUUCAAUCAUUCACUUAACAUCGGGUACUACUGGUGAUCCAAAAGCUGCUCUUGAUUCCCACUUGGGUGCAGUCAAUAACACAUAUUUAUCGGGAAAAAGAAAUGGCUUCCACAAAGAACAUCAUAAAAUAUGCGUACAGGUCCCACUUUUCCACGCCUUGGGAUCCAUUGUGACAGUUUUAGCCGGCUUCAGGCAUGGCAGCUCAAUAAUACUCCCAUCGCCAACAUACAAUCUUGAUGCCAAUAUUAAAGCUUUAUUCGCCGAGGGUUGUACCUCCAUAACUGGAACCCCAACGAUGUACGUCGAUAUGGUAUCUAAAGUUAAGACAAUGGGAGAUAUUCCAUCAAAACUGCGUAUGGCCCUUGCUGCUGGAGCACCCUGCAGCCCACAGUUAAUCAGAGACAUGCAAAAGUACCUAAAAGCAGAUGUAAAGGCUUUGUACGGUAUGACAGAAACCACAGCAUCAUCAUUCCAGAGUUUGCCAGACGAUAGCAUCGAUCUAGUUGCAGAGACCGUUGGGUACAUACAAGACCAUACGGAAGCCAAGGUGGUCGACGAGGACGGUGAAAUAGUGCCGUUUGGCAGUCCAGGUGAAUUGAUGUUGAGAGGUUACAACAAUAUGAUCGGCUACUGGGAUGACCCGGAAAAAACCAAGCAGACAGUGUCUGAAGAUGGAUGGCUUAAAACGGGAGACCUGUUCGCAAUAAGUAAAGACGGUUAUGGAAGAGUUGUUGGUCGGCUAAAGGACAUCAUAGUUAGAGGAGGAGAAAAUAUAGCUCCAAAAGAGAUAGAGGAUAUCCUGAACACUCACCCUGACAUCGUUGAAAGUCAGGUGAUAGGAGUUGCUGAUGAGAGAUUAGGUGAAGAACUUUGCGCUGUUUUGCGGCUGAAGGAAGGCGCUUCGAUUUCUCCUGAUGACAUUAAACAACACUGUACGGGUCGUAUUGCUCGAUUCAAAAUACCUAGGAUCGUAAAAAUCACCCAAGAAUUUCCGAAAACAACAUCUGGCAAAAUUCAAAAGCACAGAGUAAAGAAAAUUGUCGAGUCAGGGCAACUUAAUUAA